AUGCCGUCUGCCAGUCAGAAAGGGGACAUUGAUCCUCCAGACGAGAUCACCUCCGAGGCUGUUCAAGGGUUCCUCACUGGGGCGUUUCGGUACGGCUCCGUGUCCAUCCUGGCACAUAUGAUUCUUCUCCUGCCUCAUCCAUUCAAAUUCUCGUCAUCCACAACAACUCCGGCCCAUUCGCCAUCGCAACCCGGAGCCUCCUCGGCAAGGCCAUCGCUGUUCUCCAAAGAAUACCUACGAUCCCGCCUCGUGUAUCGCCCGCUCGAGGGUUUCUCCGAGUGGCUGUCUCCGACGUCCCGAGUCUACCGGGGGCUCACGCCACAGUUCAAGGUCUUUCUACAGAUCGCGGCAAUGACACUGGGCGGAUGUAUCUGGGCGGAGCGGAGGGUGAACGAUUAUAUCGAGUUUAUGAGGAAGGUCAAACGCGCCGAACGGAUGCAGGCGCAGCGGAUGGCGCAGAUCUCCGGGUCGGGGUAG